ACCUUCCAUGUACUUCCUCAGUUUCCUCCAUAAGAUGAAGAUAACUUCUAAGGUUCCUUCAGGCUCUAAGCCUGUGAACCUAUAAUCCUUUGAGUCUUAUACAUCACAUGCUUCAUAACUUCAAAUGACUCUCCUGGAAAUCCAAUGUCUUUUUGAAACUUCAUUGAAUGGAUUGAUGGGUAGAGAUGGACAGGGAGAGGUUCGGAAGAUGUUUGAGAACAAGAAUGUUCUUUGGAAAUGGUUCUAACAGUACUUCAGCUGAGGCAGCCAUCAAUCCCACUACCUGAAUCUUCCACUUCAAUUAAAAUAUCCCUUAUUUCUCCCAGAAAACUGCUCAUUGCUCCCGAUUUCCAUCAGUCUGGACUAUCUUCUUUAUUGCCCCCUUCAAUUAUCUCAUUUCAUUACCUUGUAUUAUCCCUCUUUCAAGGCUCAGCUCACAUCCUUCCUUCUCCCAGCCCAUGCUGUGUUCCCUCCUCAGAGCUGCCUUGCCACUCGAGCUCAUACUACAUGAUUGAACUCUUAAAUGUGUCAGUUCUCACUUUCCAAUAGUAUUAUAAACCCUGAGUAAAGAAAGCAGGUCCCAUGUCUUGAUCUUCUUUGUGAUCUAGCACUUUACCUAUGAAGAUAGAAAAAAAUGUGGGACAAUAGAAACAACACCAAAUUUAAUGAAACUUAGCUCUUCCACCCUGGGCCUCAGUUUCCUUUAACAGUAAAAUAAGAGGGUUGGUGUAUAGAGGUCUACAUGGCCUCUUGAAUCCCUUCCAGCUCUAUAUCCAUGGUCCCAAGAUCCUAAUAACAGUGGGUUUUUUGCAUGUAAUAAUGCACUCAAAGAUUCAUGGAAUGAAGGAAUGAAUGAUCUUUUUUUUUUUACUCUUCAUUUUUAAGUACAGUCCUGGGCACAAUGAGUACAUAAAAUAUUUAUUUGAGCAUCAGCCAAUAUGCAACUCAGAGGAUAAUUUGAUUAUAAAUAUAACUUUUGAUGUGUCUAACAGAUUUAAGUUGUUGUUACUCACAUUGAAUUAUCAUUGCCCUUAAUAUAAGCUUUCACUUAUGGCACUCUGAUUAACUGUACAAGUGAAUCUCACUUUAUGCAAUAGAUACAACUCUGAAACAUUGUACCUAAAUAGAAUUGGCUUGGUGGAGAGUGCUGGACUUGGAGUCAGGAGGGCCUGGGUUCGAACCUUGCCUCUGACACUUCCUAGCUGUGUGACCAUGGGUUGCUCAACAAUGACUAUGGCAAGAUACAGGCCUACGUGGGACUUGGCGCUCGAUCCUUUGGUGUCUUGUAAACUCUGUCUUGGGGAAUAUCCUUUGGAGCAGAUGACAACAAUAGCCCAGUGCCAAUGCAUCUUCUGUACCCUGUGCCUGAAACAGUAUGUUGAGCUGUUGAUCAAAGAAGGACUAGAAACUGCAAUUAGCUGUCCGGAUGCAGCUUGCCCAAAACGAGGUCAUCUACAAGAGAAUGAGAUUGAAUGUAUGGUUGCAUCUGAAAUUAUGCAAAGAUAUAAAAAGCUGCAGUUUGAAAGAGAAGUGCUGCUGGAUCCCUGCCGGACGUGGUGCCCAUCUUCUACCUGCCAGGCUGUUUGCCAGCUUCAAGAUAUGGGGCCACAAACGCCACAGCUGGUGCAGUGUAAGGCAUGCAACAUGGAAUUCUGUUCUUCUUGCAAAGCCAACUGGCAUCCUGGGCAAGGCUGCCAAGAAACAAUGCCAGUCACCUUCCUACCAGGAGAAACAAGCUCAUCUUUCAAAAUAGACGAGGAAGACGCACCAAUCAAACGCUGCCCAAAGUGCCGAGUGUACAUUGAACGAGAUGAAGGCUGUGCCCAAAUGAUGUGCAAAAACUGCAAACAUGCAUUCUGCUGGUAUUGCCUCGAGUCCUUAGAUGAUGACUUCCUCUUAAUACAUUAUGAUAAAGGACCUUGUCGGAACAAACUUGGCCAUUCCAGGGCAUCUGUAAUCUGGCACAGAACGCAGGUGGUAGGCAUUUUUGCUGGCUUUGGCCUUUUGCUGUUAGUGGCCUCCCCUUUCCUGUUACUGGCGACGCCCUUUGUUCUCUGCUGCAAGUGCAAGUGUCAUAAAGGCGAUGAUGAUCCCCUACCAACCUAGACCCAGGGAAGACUGGACUCCUGCCUUUGGGGAAAUGUGGUUCUCCCCUCCUCCUACUCCCUCCCCUGCCCUUGCACUCCCCAUUGUUACAGCCUCACGUGCCCCAUCCUGCUUCCCAGCUGACACAUGGUGCCAUGAUUCUGGGGACUGAUGUCAAGGCAGUUGCAAAGGCCCACAUGCAGAGGUCCAGCAGGAACGUGGAAGAUGACUCAGGCAUGGAGUGCCUGUCAUACAGAGGAGAAACAUAUCAGCACAUCUUCAAAGGGAGACACAGCCAGUAAAAUAUGUGAUAACUUUGUAUGGCCAGAGACUAUGGGGAGGAAGGCCAAACGUGGCAGAUCCAUAGCCUAAGAGACAUUCAGUCACAAAGCAUCGUCCCCUCAUACCGAUCGAUGUCAAGAUGGGAUCCUCCUCUUUAGAGAAAGGAUUUGAGAAUCACCUGUCACUUCCAACAGAAUCAGUGUGAGCAGAUUUUGGAGAAGUUCUCUGCUGAUUACCCUCUACUUUCUAGUCAGCAUCAUCAAAUCCUUUUCAAUGGGAUUUUUUUUUCAUCUGGAUAGUAGAAAUUGACCAGCUGCCUAGAAACCAUUCCAGGCCCCUUUAAAGGUGAAGGGGGAAAGAGGAUCAUGUGGGAGGAGAGGAGAAUUGCUGCCUCAAGACUUGUCCAGCUUUGCUGCAUUUUGAAACACUUAGAAAGUCUCAUGUGCUUUGUCUUGUUCUGAUAUCUUUUGAAAAGCUGUUAGUUGGAGGGGGGAGGGAUAUAAACCUACCCCACGGAUGUUCUUUGUGAAAAUUACUGCCAUGUUUGAAAGAGCAUCCCUGUUGUUGGUCUUUCCACAUUUGUUUGGCUAUUUAAGGAUGCACUCCACACAUAGGGCUCAUAAUUUCUUAUCCAAGUAUCAGGAUUCUUUUUAUGUCUCUAAACCAAAUGUGUAAAUAGUUCAGUUCAGAAUCACUAGAAGCAGUUUGCUUCUGUCUUUUCAAACAAGGAGAAAGAACAGUGCAGUAUUACUGUCUCAUUAGCUACCUGCAUACUCACUCAGAGCCCAGCAGGGAUUUCUCCUCUAGAAUACAAGAAAGUUUUCUUCUCUGGGAGACUAGAGGAGUUCCUGGAAUUUGCAUUUCACUUUCAAAGUUUUUUCCACUAUUUUAAAGAAUUAUUUUCUUGUCCCAGUGCUGUUAAUAGUCCCACUAUGACCAACAUUUUCCCCCAGAAAAUUCAUUCAAUUCACUCUUAUUUGGGGUUUGGUUCUUUUGUCAACUCUGGCACUUUGUGAUGGCUUCCAAGAUUCAGAAGCUACCUGGAGGCUGAUCCAGACACAACCUAGUCAUAAAACGCAAAUUACUUUGCAUAUGAGCUCUUAAAAUUACUUCAAAAGUAGUUUAUUAUAAAAUGUCCUAACAGCUCCAAAUGUUGUAUGAAGGCAAAUUGACUGCUUUGCUUGUGGCACAGAAAUAGGAUGGGUCCUGUUGCCAUUAGGCUAAUUCUCGACACCACACUACAUUCCCUUUUGUUUACAUGAUCUACCAUCCAUGUAAAAAAAAAAUCAAUCCAUGGCUUUUAUUAGUGAUAUUUUUCUUCUACUACAGGAUUCAAUAGGCACAAAGCAAUCUUCCAGAUAGAUUUAACCAGAAAAAAUACCUUCCUGGGAUCAGAGUUGGCAAGGGCUUUAUAGAUCAUUUCAAUGAGUCCCUCCAUUCUUCAGGGGAGGAGUUGGACCAAGAGAAGGGUUGUGACUUGCGCAAAGUCAGUCAAGUAGUAAAUAGCAGAGCCAGGGUUGGGACCCAGGUCCUACGUCCCCCAGACCAGAGUGGUUUCUACCACACUGUACAAUGUUCACAGUUAUUUCCUUCAGUUUUUCACUUUGAAUUAUUUGAAUAUUUAUUUCACUUUUCAACUUGGCUUUCUCAGUGUAGAAUUUGUACCCAUGUUGAAAACAGGGCACCAUUCUGUUACCUACCACACUUCCCCCAUAGGAAAUCACAAAAUAAAUUGUCUCCCUUUCACUCUUAUGUCAAGUUUACUAGGGGAACUAAAUACAUUUUGAGACCUAGUUGAUUUCUAUUUUAGUGUUUUUUACUUCUCCUCCAACUGGUUAUUUAAAAUUUUACCAUUGACUAAAUAAUAGAACUCUUUAAUUAAACCCACUCAAGACUGAGACCCAAACUGUGGGUGUGUUGGGCAUAAUUGUCAAGGAGUCCCUGGGGUAGAGUUAUUUGAUUAAUGGAGGGAGGGGAUUGCAGUCUUCUAUCACCUUGGAAAGUAUUAUAUAAGAUGUGACUAAUGACAUGAAUGCUAGGGGUCUCAGCAGAGACUACAGGAAUUAAAUAGUCUAGAAAGACGAUCAACAGACAAUGUAUGACCAAUUCUAUCAUUUUGGGGCUAAUCAGAGGGGCUUUGCCCUUCUGCUUACUACUUACAAGAGCCAGCGCUCUUGUCAUGAAUCACAAUCAUUAAUACGGGUGGCAUAUGUGUACCCUGAUCCUGGCUAAUCAAGCUUAGGUUUAGCACCUAGGAAUUUUAGGAUCUUAGAAUCAGAGACAUGGCAGUGACCUUUCCGGUCACCUAAUUUAAUCCCUAUCCAUUGGAAGAAUCUCUUCUGUUGCAUGCCCAAUGGUUGGUUGUUCAGCUUUGGCUUGAACACCUCCAAUAGCAAGGAAUCCACUAUCUCAACAAGACAACCCAUUCUGUUGUUGGAAAAAUUCCGUUGCAAGAAAAUUUUUCCUCAUGCUAAAGGAUUUUACAUUAUAUAACAUAAUAACAUUUUCCUAAUAAUUUAUAGCUGCAAUGAUGAAGCCUCAGAUGAAUUGUACCCUUUGAUCAUUACAACAACUCUCUGAGGUAGGUAGUGUAUCAUUAAGUCUUGUUUUGCAAAUAAAGAAACAGUCUCAAGAAAUUAAACAAUUUUCCCAAGUCUAAACUAUUAACUCAUAGUAAAAUUUAAACUUGAGACAAGACCUUCUAAUUUUAGUCCAAUGCUCUUUCCAUUUUGCCAUUUUGGAAAGUUUUCCAAAGGUCCAAACUUCAUCAGUUACUAAAAGAUCAGGUUUCUCUAUCAAGUAUGAGCCCCAUUGGUUAAGGCAAGGAGUCAGUUCCCCCUGGGCUAAGAUGUCCAUUUGUGCCCAAACUUAGAACUGUACCUUGGACUCUGAUUUUCAGUGGUAAGGAUAACUUAUUUUUUUCUAUAAUGCCUUGAAGUUUACAAAUAAUUUUCAUUACAACAUCCAUCAUCAUAAGCAUUGUUACCCCCUUUUUUCUGAUGAGAUAAUGUGAGGCUUAAGGUUAUGAAGUGGCCCACCUAUUGUCACAUAACUUUGGAAUAGACCAUUUCAGACACCAACUGCAAGGGACUAAAGUAUAAAAGGGAAUAAAUUUCAUUGUUGGUAUCCAGAAAAGUAUGUAAUUCUUUCAGUAACUGGCGGAUUUUAUGCUCUGCCCUGAUCAUACUUGGGCUCUAGGCUUGAUUUCUAAGACAAAUGUCAUCUGCCUUACUUUGUCAUAAUCAUUUAUGCUGACACGUUGGCAGCAUCAUAUCACAUUUGACUUCACUGAUACCUCACCAGUUUUCAUUGAGCCAGUUUUGUCUUUAGUGGGAAACAAAGUUCCUUCAAUGCAUCUCUAAAGGAAAGAUGUCUUAGUAUAUGAAGUAAAGGGCAGUAGACUUAGAAUCAGGAAGAUGUGGUUUCAAAUCCCCCUUUCAAAACAUACUGGCUAUGUGACUAUGGGCAAGUCACUUCCCCUCUUGGACGCUCAGUUUCCUCAUCUGUAAAAUGGGAAUAAUAAUAAUACCUCUAAUAUCUACCUCACAGGAUUGCUGAGAGGCUCAAAUUGGAUAAUGUAGGCAAAGUGUUUGCAAACCUUAAAGCUAUAUAUGAAAAUUAGUUAUCAGUAGCAAAGCACACUGGGUCAGAACAUUGCUUUCUCCUGCAGCACCCUAGUGAUCUUAUAAGUAAGGACAUUCUUUCCAUUAAUGCUGUAGAUGCCUUCCUAGCCUGUGUGACUUUGAUAAGCUCCUACAGGGCAUGAACUGCCCAGUUUUUCCCAGGCCUUUCUUUCUUGCUUUCUUGUAACAUCAAAAGUAAUGGGGAGUCUAUGCAGGAGCUACCCCUUCCACUCUCUGCAUGUGCCUGGCCCAUCACACAUUGUUAACUGCAUUUGUAGCUCUGAAAGCAUAAUGUACAUAAAACUGAAACCCAUGACAAGAUUUUUGAACUUGACACCCGUCAGAAGCAUCGGGAACAAUCCCCUUGCUCAUUGAUACCGCUAAUCACUCACAUUGCUGUAAUGUUUCAGAGUUUACAGAAUGUUUCCUCCACAAAAUCCCUUAGGAGUUAGGUUGUGUGAGUAAUAGUAUCCCUGUUUCCCAUAUGAGGAAACUGAGGCUUAGAAAGACCUUAUGUACUUGGUCAUAAGGCCAAUCAAUGUCAGGGCAUGGACUUGAAUCGGGUCUCCUUCCUCAAAGCCCAACAUUCUUUCAUGAGAUAAUGGAUUUGGAACUGGAAGAUACCAUAGACAUCUUACAGUGAGCCUCCUCAUUUUAGAGAAGAAAUAGACCUAUAAUGAUGAAGUUACUUGCCCAAAUCACACUGGGAUUAAAGGACAGAAUAGGGAUUUGAACUCAGGUCCUUUGAUUUUCCUAUGACAUCACCUCUACAGUACUGAAUUGCCUCUUGCAUAGACUGACAGCACAACAUUAAUUUCAUGUUAGUUCCACACUAUUCUCUUCAUUUGCCUUCCCUUAGUCUUUUAACUUUCUUAUGUCAUUUGCCUUGUAAGAUAAUGGUGUGACUGCUUUAUAAUGCUGGGGUGAGAAAGGACAAACUAACCAUAUUACUUACAUAAAGCUAGCUUUUGUGAAUUGGUCUUGACUGGGGGCACAUAAUAUAAUUCCUGGUAUAUCUGAAUCACUGCAAUAAGCCACCUUAACUCAAAUGACUUGGUGGUCUCAUGGAUUUGGAAUUUCUCCCCAGUCAGAUUAUUCUACAGAUCAUUAGCUGUCUCAUACUGUUGUUCCAGGAUACCUGUUCGUCCUGUGUUACUCUUGUCUAUGUCCUCUCCAAAGUUCCACACCUUAACACAGUUUUAUUAUACUUGAGAGAUCCUCCUGCUUGGAUUCAUCCAGAAGGUGCUGUUACCCACCUGACUUGGCUUCAAUUUUUGUUGCCCAAGGCAGCUGCCCUCAGGGAUGCUCUUGCCUCUGAAACGAGGGGUGAAAAUUUUGAAGGGAGAACCAAGCUGUUAAAGGACCUCCCGAGGGACAUUCAACUUCAUUCCUUUUUUUUCCCCAAUACCACAAAACUGAAAAAUCUUUCUCCCCACUCCAAGAUGGGCGACAAGAAUACAUUUUCCAGAAGACCUGAUUUUAGAACAGGUCAAAUUCCUGUUUGGAAACCUAGGCCCCUGGAAAAAAAGCAAUGCCUAGCAAUGCAGUAAUAAUCUAGAACUAUGAUAAUAUUAUCACUGGCAUUACAGUGAAAUUACUUCCUGUAUCACAAAGGAAUACUGCCCUUGGUCUACUUAAAAAUUAAGGUCUUACACAGCAACAUAUUUGUGUAUUUUCUCAUUCUCCUUUUUUACUGAAAACAUGACAAAAUAUCAAGAGAAUACAUAUAGCAUGUGUGAAAACCAAAGCUUAUGUACUUCUUAUAAUUACAUGAAGCCCUUGUAAAAAUGGACAAAACAAUGAAUUUACUAUAAGCAUUAUGGAAAAUGUCCAAGAGAGGGGAGAAUAGAAUUAAUAUAGAAUUGCUAAAGUGCUUAAAUAGAGCAUGCCCUUUUUGUGUCUUAAGCUCUCAUGGAUUUUAUUCUGGCUUUGGUUUGUGAAACUCCUUCUUCCACAACGAUUCCAGAAAUAUUAGGUGCAGGUAUGUGCUAAAUGACCGAACCUUUUUUUUUCUUGCUUAUUUACCGUGGACGUAUUUUAACCCUAUAUAGAGAUGUGCAUGAAUGAGUCAUGCAGUUGUAUAAAUUAUGUAUCGCACCGGUGAUGGUUUAAAAAAGGAAAAAAAAGUUUGGUUUGUGUAUUUGAAAUGUAAGUACGUUUUGUGCCACUAACACUGUGAUGUAUAAAAUGAGCUGUUUGAAUGCCUUUUAAUGUUGUGUUUUGUACUUGGAAUCAUAUUGAAAAGUUUAAUUUGUAAUUUCAAUACAUAUUUUAAAUGA